AACUUGAGUCUAUCUGAUCUUCUAGGGAGUCUGCGUGGGAAGAAUCUUCUGCGGUCGGAGUUGUCUGACUUUCAGAGAGCGCUGACAUGUGCGAUUUUCCAUCGGUAUAAGGCGACCUUGAGUCCAAAUCAGAGUCUGCCACGACGCAGACGCCAAGGGGGGUUUUUGAGGGGACACGUCUACCGCCAGGAUCUGUUUGCUCUUUCACGAAGUUCACAAAUGCUUGAUCAAGACUGUUCUGAGAUAUCUGAAAUUGAAAUGUUAGGGAAGAAGUAUAAAGGCAUUAGAGCAAAAUUGGCGGACCGAAAACGACAGCACUAA